AUGGAGCAGGAGCGCGCACAGCCGCCUGCAUACACGCAGCACGACCCGUCGAGCCUCAAUUUGCCUUCGGUGCCGACGCACUCACUUCCGAGCCUGCGAAGCCUCGAUCUGCCCGAUGCGCAGCCGUCGCACCCUUCGGUGGAACUCAGUCCCAGGACGCAAAAUACACAAUGGGGCUCGCUGCCUCGCAUGGCAUUCCCGCGCGUCCCCGAGGGCGACGUGGGCAGCCCGAUGGACAUGGAUCGCGCGAGCGUAACUAGUGGCGAUGACCAGAGGCGGGAGAUGAGCGUUGUCAGUAUGGAGGACCCGGACGUGAGACUGGCCGCCGAGGCGCUGAGCGGGCUGGGAAAUCCAGACUUCGCCCGCUCGCCCACAAGUCGCUCCGUCACCCUCUCCGCCCGCGAAUCCACUGUCGAGCCCGAGCCGCUUCUCAAUCUGUUGACAUCGGCGCAUCCCUGGCUCGGAGGCAGCAUCAAUGGCUCCAUCUCGGCGUACAAUACCACUAAAACCUACUCGCCGCGUAUAUUCAAGUACGGCGCCGAACUCAUCGAACGCAACAUUGGUUCGCCCGUUGUAAACACCGUCUCCUCGGUCGGGAGACGCACCGGCGUAGAGCAGAACCUGCGACGCUAUCUGGGAGAGGUACACAGACGGCCCAGCGACCUCGAGCAAGGCGAUGCCGACAGAGCUGGGAAGCGACCCCGCGUUAUGAGCCCUCGGGCUGGCGAAUCACCCGACGCCAUGGACCUGGAUGUUGAGAGCGAGUACGCGACAUCCCGCACAAGAGGCGGCUCGCAAUCGUCCUUCGCCGAGAGCCUUCCCGCAUACGAUGACCACCGUUCUCCCACGUACGAAGAGACCGCCGUCGUCACCAUCGACCCCGCCACAGGCAAGGAAAUACGAACCUCACAAGAACGCCCACAAUCUACCCAGGACCGUCGCGUGAACUGGUCUACGCAGCUCAUCAUGACGACGUCCGGUCUCGGUGUCGCCCUCUCCGACGCAUCCCUCAAAUCUCUCAAGCUAUGCUUGCGCUUGCUGCGCGGUGCGACCAAGCACAUUGACAGCGUUAUGCGCGCGCUUAAGCUUGUCGUGGACGAAUACGAAGCCGCGCUGCGGAAUGCGCGCCACUCCAACGGUACCUAUGCCGACGAGAAGGACGCUACAAUGGCCGAUGGCUCUUCCACACAAGACGCCCAAGUCCGUGCCAUCGCAGACCGCAUGAAGCAGCUCUCCAGCGACAUCUGGACCACCCUCCAGUCUGUCGUCACUUCGGUCUCCCGCUACACCGGUGGUGCGCUUCCGCAGAAUGCGUCGCAAGUCGUCCGCACACAGUUGCUCUCUGUGCCGCAGCGGUGGCAGCUUGCAUCCAGGACCACCGCCACGGGCAACGAAGGAGGCGAGGGAGGCGGCGAGGAGGUCCGCGGCGCAAACCGCAUGCUGGCGUUCGCGAGCGAAGGCUUAGACAUGAUGGGCCAGAUCACUACCGUUGUGGACGGCACCGUGCAGAGCGCAGAAGGCUGGCUCAGCCGGAUUGGCCGCCAGCCCACACAACAACCCGAAGAGGGACCGGAAAAGGCGCCCUUGACCGACGUCAGGGUCGACGCUGGUGUCCACGAGAAGAAAUAG